AUGCUCAGUUUAAUGAAUCCAAAAACUAUAAGCAGACCUGCAAUUUUCGGUUCACUAGUGAAGCCAAAAUUCAAUUCGUGUCGUUUGAAUAUUAAAAAACGUCUAAAGGAUUUACAGGUGAGCGAUAGUAGAAAUAAAUCGGAAUGCGAUAUUAUUAAUAUUGUUUCGGCCCGGAGGACACGUGAAUCCGGUGUUCUUAAUAAUACAUCAAAGAAUCGAGCUCGAAAGAAAGCAUUGAAACCAAAGCCGAUUACUAUUCCGAUGGAGAAAAAAAUCGUUGGCUCCGAAACGGAACUAAAAUCGGCACCAUAUCCAAAAAAGUACGAUGUAAAAGAAAACGAAAAACCGAUUCGCCGACAACAUCACGGACUGUUCCAAAUAAAUCAAAUAGCGACGGACACAAAACCAUGCCAAGGAAAAACGUUGAACAAUUACGGAAAACAGAAGACGAUAAAACGUCGAGUAAUGGUAAUUCACGAUAAAGGUGAUAAAGGCGAACUGUCGGCCGACCCGUGUACUAAGACAACAAAACUGUCAAAACCAAACGAUUGUAGUUCGACCGACGGACAGAAAAAAGUACUGUACAAAUGUGUUGCAGACGGAGUACCGCCACCGAACGAUUUUGAAAAGACCAUUAACCCGGUUAGCACGCGUAAUAAGAACUCACAAGAAUCGGCUGGAUCGGCUACACAGAAACCGAAACGGCCUUGCAGCGAAAAAAGAACAAUUCAACAGCAAAUGCUACAUCGGGAAUUAAUAAUUAUUAAAUAA